UCUCCAUGCAAGUAAAAUUGGGUUCUGUCAUUAAAGAACAUCAACAUCUCAAGUUAACCUACCAGACAUGUCCUUUCUCUACUAUAAAAUGAGACUCUCUCUCUCUCUCUCUCUCUCUCUCUCUCUCUCUCUCUCCUGCGUCUGAAAUCAGUUUGAUAAUCAGAUGUCUAGAUACCUACAUGGAACCUAAUGACCGUCCCUCUAACUGUUUCAAUCUUCUCCAAGGAAACCCAUCUCAGAACAAUCAACUCUACUCGCUAUUCCUACCAGACACUGAGUUCCAUACUCAGUUGCACUCUGUGUCCCCAGACACAUCGACUCUAAGCAAUAACCGCUCCAAUGCAGAUCCAAAUCGAGAAACCGUCUACAACCAUGGACAUCAACAGAGUAUCGUAGACGAAAAGAGGGCAAGGAGAAUGGUAUCUAACCGGGAAUCUGCCAGAAGGUCACGCAUGCGCAAAAAGAAGCAGAUCGAAGAGCUACAGCUACAAGUUGAGCAGCUCGUGAUGUGGAAUCAUCACUUGUCUGAAAAGGUGAUCAGUUUACUGGAGAGCAACCACCAGAUCCUGCAAGAGAAUGCUCAGCUCAAAGAGAAAGUCUCCUCCUUUCACAUCCUAACGGCGGACAUGCUACCGCCCGUUAGAAACUUGGAGGACAUCAACUGCCGGGAGAUGAAUCACGAAAGAGCUGAACCUUCAAACAGAUCAAACAACCUCCGACCACACAAAACUUGAUAAGUAAAACGUCCAAAUCGGCCUAGACCUUGGGUAUGUAGCGGUAGUAGUAUAGAUGAUUUGUAUUGUGUAUAUAUCUAGCAAAUUAUUCAACAGCCCCCUACAUAUGUGGCUGCUAAAACAGGGCUUACAUGUAUACAACAAAUGCAAUAUAGGUUUCAUCAGCUCC